ACUAUUCACCUGAGUUUAUUACUUUUUACGGCAAUCGAUAUGGCGGCGCAGGUGAUCAACGGCGUUCCUCACCCCCCGCUUCUGCCUCCGGGCUACCGCUUCCAUCCUACCAGCUCCGAACUCUUCCGACAUUAUCUCUACGACAGAGUCACCAAGGGUUUUUGCCAGUGGAGCAUCGUCACUGAUACCGACGUCCUCGCUCUGCCCCCAUGGGAUCUCCCUGGAAUGGACUCGAAUGAAAAUGAGGGUUACUAUUUUUAUGCAAGGGAAAAGAAAUCCAAAUCUGCUGGGUACGAUAGGGUUAUAAAGGUGGACCAGAAAGCGUACUGGAAAAUGAGUACUACUGGUUAUGUUUGGGAAGAAGAGUUGCUGUGGGGAAGGAGGAACACUCUGAACUAUUAUAGUGGACCCAAUGAGAAAACCGACUGGUUGAUGUAUGAAUUUGUGCUAGAUUCAUCGCUUGCGGAAGGGAAAGAUGAUGGUGUUGUUCUCUGUAAGGUUUACAAGAAGAAAGAUCCGGAGGAGAAACGGGAGCGAGGUCCAGAGGGAAGCAACGUUAAUGGAAAGGGAAAGGGAAAGGGAAAGAGAUGUCAGGAAAGUUCAGAGAAAGCAGCGGAAACUGUGCCUGCUCAUGACAUUGAUUCUGGGCUACCUCUCAAGCGGAGGAGGAUGAAUGCUUCCUCCAGUGCAUGCUUUCCACAGCUGAACCAGAAGACUAAAUUUGCAGCCGGUGCAUCACGUUCAGCAGCUCCCUACAUCCAGGAGACUCAUUCAGAAGCUUCUAUACUGCCAUCUUUCUCAGCUGAGCCCUACAUUAUUGAGGGGAUUCAUCCUGCAGAAGUUGCUGCUCCAUGCACGACGUAUAACUCUGCAGAUGCUGCUCCAGUUGAUGAUCCUAAACUGUGUUACCGGCUCCCUGCCGCAAUUGGUUCAGCCGACCUCUACCUUCAGGAGACUCAUCAAGCUGCUGCUGAACCAUGCACGAUGAAUUACUCUUCACCUGCAGAACCAAGCACCAUGGCUGCAUCUUCAUCGAGCAAUACUAUUGCACCAUUUGAUGAUCCUAACGUGUAUUGGACGGAGAAUGAAUUGGAGCAGGAGCUCCAGCAGUAUCUGAGUUUUGAUCUGGCGCCGGCUGACGAUGAUUUUGACAAGGAAUUUUUUGCUCCAUUUUUAACAUGCAGCAAGCUUGCACCAUCCGCUUCAUGAAUUUGGCAGCUCAGUCAUACAGACGUAUAUAUAGAUGAUUGCUCUUUGAUGUAUGUAUUGCCGUACCCCAUGCAAACUUUGAAUCUUGCUUUAUGUUUAUAUUCCAAGUUAAUUUCAAUAGAUUCGUAUCUUUUUGUUUAAGUGAUUAUGGUCCAUGCCUUUUUUGCCAUUUCGGUGAAUUUAGAUGCACAUAAAGAUCAUUUGUAUUU